AUGUGUGAGAAUUGGGUGCAAAACUACAGCGGCGAAGAUCUACCAAACAAUGUUUUACGAUCGCUCCAGCUGGGAAGCGGCUACAACUGCCCGGAUCCGCAUUGUGUGCCGUACGUUAAAAUUCUCUCCGAAAUAGAGUGUGCCAUACAACAGCAUCCACAGGCACCUGUGAUUCGGAACGAUAUUUCGAAUGCGAUUGUGAACCACAUUAACUACGCAAAACAAUCGGCUCAUGACAAUCAUGAAUGGGUUCGAGAAGAGAUUCGGAAGUCGAAAAUAUUUUUCAAAUCUCGUCCAGAUCUGCUUGUUACUAAAGCAGAUAAAGGUAAGGCUAUCGUUGUUAUUAAAAGAAACGAAUACGAGGAAAAAAUGCGUGAACUUUUAAACGACAAAGAAACCUACGUUAGCCUCGAUAAAGAUCCAACAGUUUCUGUGUGA